AUGGAUUUCAUUAAACCGAAUGCACUCUAUGUCGGAGGCGCGCUCAUCUGCGUCGCCCUGGCUGCGUACAUCUACGCCGGCCUCACAAACCCUCUGUCAAACAUCCCAGGGCCGUGGUACACACGAUUCACCACGCUGGUAUCAACCUACUACGUGAUCACCGCUCAUCACCCGGACUGGGUGCACGCCUUACACGAAAAGUACGGCCCGGCAGUACGCAUCAGCCCGCAUGAGGUAGACAUCUCGGACGCGCCGACAUGCCAGCGCAUCCACAGUGUCAAGGGCGGCUUCCUCAAGUCGCCCUUCUACUCGCUGCUCAUCACCGACUCGUCCAGCGUCUUCAACGAGAUCCGUCCCGAGAUCCACCGCAAGUACAAGCGUCUGCUGUCGAACCCCAUGUCUGAGACGGGCCUCAAGACCUUCCUGCCGCGCAUUGACGGAAAGGUGCGCCUCGCUAUCGAGCGCAUCCGCGAGGAGAACAAGACGCGCGGCGCUGCGGAUGUUGCCAAGUGGUUCAUGUUUCUGUCUUUUGAUGUUAUUGGUGACUUGACCUUUGGUGAAGGGUUCGGUCAACUGGAGAGUGGACAGAAAAACCGGUCCAUCAACGACUUCGUCAGUCUGGGCUUCGUCGGCGGCCUGCGCUCUAUGUUCCCUACUAUUUCAUGGCUCUCCCUGUAUCUCCCCAUCCCCGUUUUCCAAGACGCCACCAAGAUCCAGUACCGGACCUUCGACUACGCCCAGAGCGCGUUGGACCGCCACGCCAAGCGCGUGGAAGAGCAGGGCGAGGACUUGAAGCCAACCGUGUUCUCCAAGCUCUACACGGCCGGCGCCGAGGACUCCUGGUCGCCGAUCGAGAUCCGCGACAACGCGCAGGUCUUCAUCGUCGGCGGCAGCGACACCACGGCCAAUUCCAUGAUCUACCUCAUCUGGGCCAUCUGCAAGCUGCCCGACGUCAAGGCGAAGCUCCUCAAGGAGCUGGCUACCGUCCCCGAGGACUUCACCUACGACCACCUCAAGGACAUGCCCUACCUCAACUGGUGCGUCAACGAGACGCUGCGCCUCUACAACGCCCUGCCGUGCGGCCUGCCGCGGAUCGUGCCCGUCGGUGGCGCCGAGCUCGCGGGCCAGUUCAUCCCUGGCGGGGCAACGGUGGCCACGCAAUCGUAUUCACUGCACCGUGAUGAGAACGCUUUCCCUGAUCCGUACCGAUUUAACCCCGACAGAUGGGCGCAUACAACGCAGGAGAUGAAGGACUGCACCAUGCCUUUCGGUGGCGGUGCCAGAACCUGCCUCGGUCGACACCUGGCUCGCAUUGAGCUGCGCCUCAUGGCCGCUCGCUUCUUCCGCAACUUCCCGAAUGCCACCGUCUCUGAAUUGGAGGGCAUGUGUGACAAGGACAUGGAGCCUGCCUUGCAUUUCCUCAUGGUGCCCAGCGGUCACAGGUGUCUGAUUGAGCUUGACGGGGAGGGUGGUAGAAAAUGA